AUGGAGAGUCCAUUUGAAGAAGAUGCUGAGAUAAAAGCAAACCAAAUGGAAGAAGAUGAGUCAGAUUUAGACAUUAUGCUGGUGAUGUUAUUUAAUAUGGCAACAACUUAUGUGAGGAAUGACGAUCGCAUACAACGCCCUAUUCAUCGGCCAAUCACUGACAUUGGUUAUGAUUAUAUUCAAAAUGCUUUGAAAGAAGAUCCUGAGCACUUUCGGUCACUAUAUCGCAUGUAUCCAAGCUCAUUUGAAAAGUUUUAUGAUCUUAUUAUAAUGAAGACAGGUCUAAGAGAUACCCGGAAUAUAUGCGUUGAAGAAAUGGUGGCCACAUUUUUACUUGUUGUUGGUCAAGGUUCGAGAUAUGGGUACACAAGAGACACAUUUAAGAGAUCAAAGUUCACUAUAAGUGAAAAUUUUCACAAGGUCUUACGAGCACUAAAUACCUUAGCACCUUAUUUGAUGGCAAAACCUGGAGUUACAACGGCUGCAAAGAUAAGUGAGAGCACAAGGUUUUAUCCCUAUUUCAAGGACUGUAUUGGAACUAUGGAUGGUACACAUAUUUUUGCAAUGAUACCAACUUCUGAUGUUCCGAGCUAUCGUAAUCGCAAAGGAUUUGUAUCACAAAAUGUCCUUGCUGCUUGCAACUUUGAUAUGGAAUUCAUGUAUGUUCUUAGUGGAUGGGAAGGAUCAGCUCAUGACUCAAAAAUUUUAAGUAAUGCUUUGACAAGGCACAGUAGCAGACUAAUCGUUCCAGAAGGGAAAUUUUAUCUGGUACACUGUGGAUUUGUAAAUCGUCAAAAGUUUUUAGCUCCAUUCAGACGUACUCGAUAUCAUUUACAAGACUUUAGAGGUGAAGGCCGUGAUCCUAAAAACCAAAAUGAGCUGCUUAAUUUGCGGCAUGCAUCUUUGAGAAACGUGAUCGAGCGAAUUUUUGGUAUUUUCAAAUCUCGUUUUCUGAUUUUCAAGUCAGCGUCGCCUUUUUCGUUUACAACACAAGCAGAAUUGGUUUUAGCUUGUGCUGGAUUAUAUAACUUUCUACGGAAGCAUUGUCGGUCUGAUGCCUUUCCAGAGGAAAUGAUCACUCCAAACAAUGACCAAACAAACUUUGAAGAAGCUGUACAUGUAGGUGCUCUUGAAUCUCAACAAAGAGAAUAUGCUAACAACUGGAGAGACACAAUAGCUCUUAGUAUGUGGAAUGAUGCCGUCGAAGCUGGGAGUCAGCGUUAA